AUGCACUGCCUAAGCCGAACCCCCAGGUCUUACCUGGUCAACUCUUACAGCGACGUGAAAGAACUUAACGAGAGCAGAAGGGAAACGUAUGAAGCCACCUGGUUAGACCUGGUGAUGGAGACAAGACCAGAAUACAAAGAUACCCUUACUGAGAGAGAUUCAGCACGGAAAGAGUGUUACGAAAGAAAGCGUGUGCGUCAUUUUGUAGUGCGCCGGUUCCUCAAUCAGACCUUUCACAUUGGUGAAGAUGGAAGGAAGCUGCGUGAGUAUCAGCUACCAUAUAAACCCAUGCUACCACUGCAGAUCUUCGUGCCCAGGGACCUCAGAACUCCACCAGAGACGCACAGAGAUCUGUCACCUACCUGUUUGCGCUCAGACAGAGACUCUGACAAGCCCUGGAGUCAGAAGACAGAGAUACAACCGGAGAGCACAGAGUUCAGGGUCCGCACACUCGUGUCACCGUCGAGGGAUUUGGCUCACGACUUCCAGAGGACAUGA